GGAACUGGUCAUUAUUUUAGCUGAAAUGAAACUCAAGGGAGAAAAAGAACGUGACAAGGUAAAGGAUGCCCAUAUGAGCCCAGAGUGAAGGAAGUUCACAUCAUCUGAAAGGUUAAAGGACUCCAGCUCCAGACAUGGCCUCCUCUUCCUUACACUCCGUCAACAUGGACACCCCUAUUCUGAUCAAGCACCAUCUCUACUGCUCUAUUUGUCUGGACCUGUUUGAAAACCCCGUCACCACCCACUGUGGCCACAGCUUCUGCCAGUCCUGCCUGGGCCGCAACCUCCACUUGAAUGACCUCGCGUGCCCCCUCUGCAAGGAGCAUCUGAGGAGUAACCCGCAGGUGAACAUCAUCCUCAGGUCCCUAAUCCAAGAACUGAAGAAGGCCCAGGAAAGGAAGCCAGGGGAGUAUUCCGGAGCCUUGGGCGAGGUGGCCUGUGAUGUCUGCACUGAGAGGAAACUCAAGGCCCAUAAGUCCUGCUUGCUGUGCCUGGCCUCAUACUGCGAGACUCACCUGCAAACCCACACCUCUGCAGACAGGCUGAAGGGCCACAGGUUGGUGGCCCCUGUGGAUGACCUAGAUGGGAGGGCCUGUCUGACCCAUGGUCGACCCCUGGAGUUGUACAGCAGGGCGGAGGGGCGUUGUGUCUGUACCCUCUGCAUGGAGGAGGGUCACGAGGUCGUCUCCACAGAAACGGAGUGGGACAAGAAGAAGGGUGAGCUGGGCAGCAGCCUGGCUGAGACGCAGGAAAGGAUCCUGGAGAGAGAGAGAAAGGUGGAGGAGAUCAGGGAAUCCAUGGACCUCUGCAAGGCCCGACUGGACAGGGAGAGGAGGGAGAUAGACUCUGUGUUUGAAGUGGUGAUGACAGCUGUAGAGGAGACCCAGCGAGAGGCUCUCAGGCCCCUGGAGAAGAGGCAACAGGACGUGGAGCGAGAGGCAGAAGAACUCACCCAAGAGCUGCAGAGAGAGAUCAGACAGCUGAGAGACAUCAUCGUUCAGCUGGAGGACGUUGCUAACCUAGAGGAUCACAUUCACUUCCUGCAGACCUUCCCAUCUCUGUCGGGGCUGGGUGAUGGUAGAGACUGGACUGAGGUCUCGCUUGAUACUAAAGUCUCCUUUGGUACCAUGAGAAGCAGCUGCUCAGCCAUGAUGGAGAAAAUUGAGCAGGAGCUUGAGAAGCUCUCCUCGAUCGAACUUGAGAGGAUCCUGAAGUUUGCAGUUGAUGUGACCCUGGACCCAGACACGGCCAACAUACAUCUGGUUCUCUCUGAGGACGGGAAAGAGGUGAGAGACGGAGGGAAGAUACAGGACCUCCCUGACCGUCCGGAUCGCUUUGAUCACUUCGGCAGCGUCCUGGGGCACAACAUGUUAACGUCUGGGAGAUCAUACUGGGAGGUGGAUGUCGGGAACAAGACGGGUUGGGAUCUGGGAAUUGCAAGAGGAGAUGCCAACAGGAAGGGGCAACUCUCGGUGAAUCCUUCUAAUGGUUACUGGGCAAUAGUGCAUUAUAAUGGGGACCAAUACGGAGCCUUGGGGGACCCUCCUUUUCUCUUGUCACGGAUGGAGAAACCCCAGAAGGUGGGGGUGUUUGUGGAUUAUGAGGAAGGGUUGGUGUCUUUUUAUGAUGUGGAAGCUAAGGCUCAUAUAUAUUCUUUCACUGGGUAUUCCUUCACUGGGGAAAUGUAUCCAUAUCUCAGCCCACAUCUUCUGAAUGGGAAGAAGAACUCAGAUCCACUGGUCAUCACAGAAAUAGGCUGAUCACUCAUUGUUUGGCCUUGAAGGUGAAAGACUUGUUUCAGGCUAGGAUUAGUGCUACAGCUAGGUUUAGGGUUGGGUUAGGGUCAGAGGGUCAGGUACAAAUGUUGUACUUUAUUACACAUAUAAAUAUUUUAAUUAAUAGUUUUGUAUACAGUGCCUUCAGAAAAUUCACACACUAUUUCCACAUUUUGUUGUGUUACAGCCCGGAUUUAAAAUGUAUUAAAUUGAAACGUUUUGUCACUU